AUGUCUGAAGGAAAUGGCUCCACAGGAAGUGAUUUUAUUCUUGUCGGUUUUACAGACCAGUAUAAACUUCAAAUGUUGUCUUUUUUGUUUUUCUCAGCUGUUUAUAUUUCUACGAUGCUUGGAAACCUUGGCAUGACUGUAUUAAUCAGGAUUGACUCACGACUCCACACACCUAUGUACUUCUUCCUCAGUCAUCUCUCUCUUUUAGACAUGUGCUAUUCUUCUACGAUUGUUCCCAAAAUGCUAGUGAAUUUCUUAGCAGGCAGAAAGACGAUUUCAUUUGCUGGAUGCGCCACUCAGCUAUUCUUCUUUGCAGCUUGUGCUACCACUGAGAGCUACCUGCUGGCUGCCAUGGCCUAUGACCGUUAUGUUGCAGUUUGCAAGCCUCUGCUUUACACAGUUAUCAUGUCACAGAAGGUUUGUGAGGGGUUACUGGCUGGGGCAUAUGUUGUAGGUGUGAUAUGCUCAGCUGUGCAUACCAUCUCUAUAUUUCAUCUCCCAUUCUGUCAUUCUCAUAAGAUCAACCACUUUUUCUGUGAUGGGCCUCCACUCCUAACCCUGGCCUGCUCAGACACUCAUUUCAAUGAGAGACUUCUUUUUGCUAUGUCUAUUGAAAAUCACACUGCAGUGUCUGAAUUCAUCCUCCUAGGAUUUGCAGAAAACUCAAAACUGAAAAUUCCAUUUUUUGUAUUUUUCUUACUAAUCUAUUUUAUCACGGUGGUGAGUAAUCUGGGCAUGAUUUUGCUGAUCAGAAUGGACCCUCAGCUUCAUACACCCAUGUACUUUUUCCUCAGUAACUUGGCUUUCAUAGAUCUUUGUUAUUCCUCCAAUAUUACCCCCAAAGCCUUGGAAAAUUUUCUGGCAGAGAAGAAAACCAUUUCCUUCACAGGAUGCAUCAUCCAGAUAUAUUUAUUUGUUGCUCUUGCAAGUACAGAGUUCAUUCUUUUUGGGUUGAUGGCGUAUGACCGUUAUGUGGCCAUCUGCAAUCCUUUGUUGUACCCUUCCCUCAUGUCCCAUGCCCAAUGCCUCAAAAUGGCAGGAGGAGCCUUCACAGCUGGAUUCCUGAACUCCAUUAUUCAUACCACUCUGGUAGGCACUUUAUCUUUCUGCCAGUCCAAUGAAAUCAACCACUUCUUCUGUGAGAUCCCCCAACUCCUCAAACUCUCAUGUUCCAACACCUUUUUAACUGAAAUUCUUGUUGUUAUUUGUGCUGGAAUUAAUAUGCUGGGCUCUCUCCUGAUAAUACUGAGCUCCUACACAUAUAUCCUUUCCGCAGUGUUUAAGAUGAACUCAGCGGUUGGCCGUGAAAAAGCUUUCUCUACUUGUACCUCUCAUUUGAUUGCUGUAAUCAUAUUUUAUGGAACGGGCCUCUUUAUAUACUUGCAACCCAGUUCAAACUAUUCAGAGGAUCAGAAUAAAACUGUGUCUGUGUUUUAUGCCUUCAUCAUCCCAAUGCUUAACCCUUUAAUCUACAGUCUGAGAAACAAGGAGGUGAAGGCUUCAUUGAAGAGAACAAUGGUUAGAAAUCUAUUUUCACAUCUGAAGUAA